AUGGCUGAGCACCAGCAUAAUCAUUCCAACAGCCCACGUCUAUCUCCAUCAAUGUCGAAUGUUCAGCAAAAAGGUAGUCAAUUUUGCCAAGAAGCCAUUAAUUAUCCCAGUCCUACAUACGGCGACUCACCUUCUUUGGCUCACUACAGCUAUCCCCCUCCAAACCAGUCAGGCCCAGAAUCAUAUCGCGGUAGUCCCACGGAUAGUAGUGGCUCCCUCUCACUUCCAAGUAUGCGUUCGCUCGACCCAUUACAGCAGCAGCAGCAGCAACAAAUGACAACAAACUUGCCUCCUCCAGUCGCACAAAUGGCUGGUGGACCAUACUAUCAGCCAUCCCCCCAAGGCCUCCCUCAGUAUCCUAAUGUUACGUCUGAUCCCACUGGUCAAAAUGUGCGCUUCGCUCUACCUGCAAAUGAAUCGCGACAAGUUAGCGGUGGUCGGCAUAAAAAGGAAAUCAAGCGACGAACCAAAACGGGAUGUCUAACAUGUAGAAAACGUCGCAUCAAGUGCGAUGAACAACAUCCAGCCUGUCGCAACUGUCAAAAGUCAAAGCGAGAGUGCUUAGGUUACGACCCGAUAUUCAAACAACAACCAGGCCCAGCCGCAAUCCAGCCUGCACCAAGCACUGCGCCCUCUAUCAGCGGCAUAGCUGUAUCUUCCAAUCCAUACGGGAAUCAACCACAUAUCCUAGGCGGUGGAUACGGUGUAACAAGUAUGACAUUCGAUACGCCUCUGUCUGGUGGCUCACCGGUAUCAGGUCAAGGGUUUGACUAUACCUCAGCCAUUGAUCCUGCUCUUGAGGGAGUAGGCCCAUCCGUAACCUCGACUGGAAUAUAUACGACAACCAUUCCAGCAAAGCGAACUAUCGAAGAAUUAUUAUCCAUGGGCGGGCCAACACCUCCACGAGCAUCUGCUGACUUUGCGAAUUCUCAUACCUCAUUAGAUGAAAUUAAGCACCUAUUCUACAGCAUCUACAUUCCUGGGCUAGAAAACUUUCUCGAGACGAAAUGGUUUUCCGGUAAGGGCCUUGCUAAGCUUCUGGAAAGCAAACAUCUUCUGGACCAGUUCUCCGCACUUAUUCAGCAGUUCGCAAAGACUAAUCAGAAUGACCCAAAGGAGAUUCAGUAUACAUCAAGCGUUGAGGCCAGGGUUGUCUGGGCCCUGGCCGGUAUGGUUCGAUCGACAGCAGCAGAAAUCGGUGGUAUGAAAGAAAUAAAGACAGUACCAGCUACUGAUGACCCGGUUGAAGCUAGUAAUCGUUUGGACAUUUUUGAAAUCCUUUUGACCGGAAGAGUCGCGGCCCAAAACUCCCUCACAGCACCUGUCCCAGGAAGCACUGAUCACCAUCGACUUCGAGAACUUGAAUUCUGGUACACAAUGGGAAAUUUUGUAACUCUGCCAUAUGAAAAUGCAGCAGCUGCUAAAGACGUUGAUGAGACGUUGGCUGCACUCCGAAAUCUACUUGAUGGCCGAGAGAAUAGGGACGUAUUAUACUCCAUUGCUGUCGCUCGUGGACUGGGACAGAGAGUUUCAGUGUAUACAGAUACUGACACGCCUCUUCAUCUUGAUGAGAGUGAUAACAAGAGCAAACUUCUAGUAGCUAAAAAAUUCGUAUCUGAUGAGGCAGCUGGUGCGGGUACGACUAAUGUAAUUCGAAGAUUAUGCGAUUUAGCAUCACGAUCAUGGUCUGCUCCUACAUCGAAGUAA